AUGGUCGCUACCAAGAACCUCGGACUCGCCGGCCUCCUCUGGCUCGGCCUUGCCACCAAGGGACUCGCCCUUGAAGUCACCCAGAACGAUGAGCUCUCCCUCGUAGAGCGAUCCGAGCCUAACGAGGAUCUUCUCGUCCGUGGCAACAGACCCGGCGAUGAUCGCAAGAGCUGGGGUAACCAGGGUGGUCGAGGCGGCCGCGGUAGGCGUGAUGACGAUGAGCUCGAAGAGCGUGACUCCGAAGAGCUCGAGGAGCGCGGCAACAGACCCGGCGAUGACCGCAAAAGCUGGGGCAGCCAGGGCGGUCGGGGCGGCCGUGGUGGCCGCGGCAAGCGUGACUUUGAGGAACUUGACGAACGUGACUUCGAAGAGCUCGAGGAGCGCGGCAACAGACCCGGCGAUGACCGCAAGAGCUGGGGCAGCCAGGGCGGCCGCGGCGGCCGUGGCGGUCGUGGUAAGCGUGAUAUCGAAGAGCGUGGCAACAGACCUGGUGAUGACCGUAAGAGCUGGGGUAACCAGGGCGGUCGCGGCGGCCGUGGCGGUCGUGGUAAGCGUGAUCUCGAAGAGCGCGGCAACAGACCCGGUGACGACCGCAAGAGCUGGGGCAACCAGGGCGGUCGAGGAGGCCGCGGUAGGCGUGAUAUCGAAAAGCGUGGCAACAGACCCGGUGAUGACCGCAAAAGCUGGGGCAACCAAGGCGGUCGAGGAGGCCGCGGUAGGCGUGAUCUUGAGGCGCGUGGUAACAGGCCCGGCGAUGACCGCAAGAGCUGGGGCAGCCAGGGCGGUCGCGGCGGCCGCGGCGGUCGUGGUAAGCGUGAUAUCGAAGAGCGUGGCAACAGACCUGGUGAUGACCGUAAGAGCUGGGGCAACCAGGGCGGUCGAGGUGGUCGCGGCGGUCGCGGCAAGCGUGAUGUCGAUGAGCUCGAGGAGCGUGACUGGGAGGACCUCGAGUAA